AACUUUACGUCAAAUUUGAAAUUUGUCGUCGUUUAGCGUGUUGGUUUUUCAUAAUUUUGUAUGAUUUUAUACUUUAUUAUCCGUAUAAACGCAGUUAUAAUAAGCCAGGGGAAUCAAUAAAAUUGUGAUAUGAUCUAUGUCAAAGCUAUGUUAUUGUAACUGUGUUGUGUUAUUGAAGAAAACUACUUUAAAAUGGAUGAGCCAACUACACGCUAUGAAAAAAUAGAUUUCCUAGGAGAAGGGCAGUUUGCUACGGUAUACAAAGCUAGAGAUGUAAAGACAGAACAGAUAGUGGCUGUCAAGAAGAUUAAAAUAGGCUCCCGACUGGAGGCCCAGGAUGGAAUCAACCGGACGGCUUUGAGAGAGAUCAAGUUACUGCAAGAGCUGCAACAUAUCAACCUUAUUGGACUAUUAGAUGUAUUUGGACAGAAAUCUAAUGUAUCUUUAGUGUUUGACUUCAUGGAUACGGACUUGGAAAUAAUUAUAAAGGAUAUUAAUAUUGUACUUACCCCAGCAAAUGUUAAGGCUUACAUGAUCAUGACUUUAAAAGGUUUAGAAUAUUUACACCAGAACUGGAUAUUGCACAGAGAUCUGAAGCCAAACAACUUGCUCAUAAACAGAGAAGGCAUCCUCAAAAUUGGUGACUUUGGUCUUGCCAAGGCUUUUGGGUCACCCUCCAGAAUAAACACACAUCAAGUUGUGACCAGAUGGUACAGAUCACCAGAGCUGUUAUUCGGCGCGCGUCAGUAUGGCACUGGCGUGGACAUGUGGGCGGUGGGCUGCAUCCUAGCCGAGCUGCUGCUGCGAGUGCCCUUCCUGCCCGGGGAGUCUGAUCUGGACCAGCUCACCAAGAUCUUCCAUGUGUUUGGAACACCCAAUGAGGAGAAUUGGCCGGGCCUCAAAGGGCUGCCGGACUACGUGCAGUUCAAGCAGUUCCCGGCGCAGCAGCUGCGGCACAUCUUCUCAGCCGCCCCCGACGACCUCAUCCUGCUGCUCGAGCGGCUGCUCGCGCUGUUCCCGCCGCGCCGCGCCGACUGCACCGCAGCGCUGCAGAUGAACUACUUCAGCAAUAAGCCCGCGCCGUCGGUCGGCAACAAGCUGCCGAUGCCCUCCAACCUGUCCAAGGUGGAGACGGAGAAACCCUCGCUCAAGAGGAAGCUUCUAGAGAACAUCGACGGAGGCUCGCUGGCGAAAAGACUGCAGUUCUAAUACUUCUAAUGCUAUCAUUUUUAAUAGACCGAAGUCUAAGUAAUUAGGCGGCUAUGGCCGGACUUUUAUGUACAAAAUAAUGAAGUGCAAUUCGGACUACAAAGAGAUAAUCUUUAAUUUAUCUUUUUAUUCAUAGGUUGUCUCUUCAACUUGCUAGUUUGUUGUCCUGAGUAAUUAACGCUAGGACUAUUUAAUUUAAGACAGAAGACAGUAUAAUAAACAUAAGUGAAAUUAUUAAAGGGGUGGAUUUUUUAAAUAAGCUGGUCUUUUUAGCAACGAAACAGUACAGAUGAGAUGCCUAAACGUUGGGGCAGGGAUACCUACUAAUAAACUAAAGGUUCCGAGUCGAUCGAUCGAGUUAUGAUAAGAUCAAAUAUAUUUUUGCAAAUAAAAUGCCCUUUUAAAAAAUAUCAU